AUGGCGCUAGCAGAAGGCAUCGACCUACUCGAUCAGGCGCUCGAGGAGCCCACAUGGAAGGACCUCGAUAAAGUCACGGCUCUUAUAAGCAAGCAGCUGGACGUGAAAAAUGGCUCAGCAGCAGCAGCAGUAGCAGGUGGAUCGAGCAAUAGCGUGGCGGACUAUUGGGCAGCGGAGACCGUUAAGCUUCUGGAAGAUCUUAAGAGUGUCAGCGUGGAGGCUCUCGCAACUACCGAUCCUGGCGACCGCAAUGCGUGGAAGAUGUGCGAGGAGGGUCCGGAGCACCGCGCGAUGCUGCGCAAGGGCCCGGAAGGCACGGCGAUAAACGCGCUGUGCAUGGAGGGGCGCAUCGACAGUCCCGUGCACGCCGCCGUCGCCAUGACGCGCGACGCGGGGUUCUUCAAGGAGUGGUGGCCGCAGGGCGACAUGCCCGUCUACCGCAUCGUCGAGAACCGGUACCUCGCGCGCGUCGGCGACGGUUUCGAUAUUACGUACAUGAAGUUCAAGGUGCCGUGGCCCUUUCCGUGGCAGGAGUUCGCGAUGAUCUUCUUCACCAUUUACGACGCGGACACGGGCGUCGCCACCACUGUCGUCCGCACGCUUCCAGAGGACAACAGCGAAAUCGACGCAUCCAUUCACGGGUUUUCCCGUGACAUGGCGCCACCAGUCCCCUCGGGAAUGGUCCGCAUGGCCAUCAACGGCGGAUUCUCCAUCAAAGAUCUGGGCCGUUCGCGCUGCCACUUCCGGUCGAUCUUCACCUGUGAUCUGAAGCUCCCUGCGAUGGUGGUUAACUUCGUUACCAAGGAGUUCGGAGGGGUGCUGUUCAAUCUGUUUAGGAAAGAGGUUGAGACGGAUUUGGCAGAUGAGGGGCAGAAGGGGGUGGAGUUUAGGAAGGUUCUGAAAGAAGAGAAGCUGUAUGGCCGGAUUGAAGCAGCUAUGGAUGAGUACAGGGCAAAGGCGGCCGGAGGAUUGGGGAUGGGAGAGAAGGGUGUUGGAGAGAAUGGGGUGGAGGGAGAGGAAGGGGAGGAGGUGGAGGAGGAAAAGAAGGUGCUGGUUGCUACGGCGUCGUUUGUGGAGGGAGCUACUGCGGAGGCACACAGACCUGCCAUGGCAGCUGCAUCAGCAGCAGCGGCAAGGGUGACUCACACAAAUGGAGGGGAGGAAGAGGAGGAAGAGGUAUUCGAGGAUGCAGAGGAUCAGCUGCUGGUUACCCUGGAAGACUCAGAACCUGCUUCUUACCCGCACCAGCAGAAGCACCCUCAUCCUCCUGUUCCUCCUGCGUACGCCCCGUUCUCAUCCCAAGACCCGGCUAUCGCUGCAGCCUUUGCAGCAGCAGCAGCGCUGGCAGGCGCAGGUGGGACUGGUGCAGGUGGUAACCCCAUUGCUGGCUCUGCUAGCUCCGGUGCUGCCGAGCCUGCUCUGACCCCGGACGUGCUCCAAGCCAUGGCAACCCUAGAGCAGGCGCUAGAGUCGCUGCGAGCCCGAACCUCUGCUGCCCUCUCUGCUGCUUCUCACGUCGGCGGACCAGGAGGAGGGAUGUACCCAGGGCAGUAUGGCCACGCCUAUCCUCCCCCUCCCCACCCUGUCUAUGGUGCUGUGCCUGGGUAUGGGCCAAUGGUGGGGGAAAAGGGCGGCAGACUUGUGGGUGCUCCUAUGGUGAACCCCCCGCUACUGCCGUAUUAUGCCGCCCCGUUCCCGCUCAAUGAGAUGCAGCGGUUUGCCGGGCCAGUUCCUGUGGUUGGGAGGAUGGACGGGUAUGGAAGGGUUUCCGGGCGGCGAGCGAACGGAGCGAGAGGGGGAGGUGGGAGGUAUAAGGGUGCUUAUGGGGAUGGUGCUUAUGGUGGGAAUGGUGGAGGCGGAGGGGGGGGUGGCGGAGGCCGUGAGUGGCGCCCGCGGGGGGGCGGCGGCGGAGGCCGUGGACGUGGAGGCGGAAGGAGGGGUGGCGGGGGGGCGUAUGCGGGAGACAGUUGGGGGGACGGCGCGGGGAUAGGCAGAGGGGGAACAGGCGGAGGGGGAAGAGGCGGAAGGGGUGACGGGGACGCGUCAGGCUGGGGUGGCGGAGGGAGAGGGGGGCGGGGCGGAAGCGGCGGAAGGUAUGGGGGAGGGGAUCAGCGCGGGUGGGGGGGGGACGGCGGAGGCGGAAGGCAAGGACGGGGAGGUGGGUUUGGCGGAAGAUGGGGCGCGGGGGGCGGACGAGGGGGAAGGAAUUACCAACAGCAGGCGGAGCAGCAGGGGGAGCAGCAAGCAGAGCAGCAGGCUCAUCACUCAGCGCACGGGCAGCGUAUGCAACAAUCGCAGCUGGUUGACGGGCAGAAUUUGGGUGCAACGGGCAGUGCAGGAAUUUUAGGAUCUGCCCCACAUGCUCCCUCAGUGCCCCCUGGAUUUGAGAAGCGGGCCAAUCCGGUAGAAACGUCAGCUGCUACAGGCGGUACAGCCGCUACAGCCGCUGCUACAGCUGCUACAGCCUGUUCGUCUGGCCUCGCAGUCCCUCCCGGUUUCGGGCCCUCCCCCUCCCAACCAUCCGCUUCCGCCUCUCCUGCUUUUCCGCCAGGUUUUGGCUCAUCCUCGUUACAGGCUGCUUCUGUACGUGAGUGUGUGUGGGAGGGGGGAGGGGUGUUAAAAGGGGGAAGAGGGGGGUGUGGUCUGUGUAGGGGGAGUGUGUUUGUGCAUCCUACCCUAUACCCAUGCGCGUACCCCAUUCCCCCUUUUCCCCUUUCCCCACCUUUCCUCCUUUCUCCCAUUUCCACUUUCUCCGUUCUCCCUUUUCCCCCUUUCCCCUUUUCUCUCCUUUCCCCCUUUCUCCCCUUUCCCCUUUCCCUACAUCCCCCCCUCCUCUCAACACUUUGUUUCCCCUCACCCAGUUGCCCGCACACCUUCGCUCGUGGCCUUCUUGGAUUCCUACUUGCACGCUCGCCCUCUCUCGUGGCCUUCUUGGAUUCCUACCUUCGCUUCCACUCCCGAUGGUUCGAUCUUCUCCUCUCAGCCGCUGCUGCUGCUGAAACUGACCUACUUCUCUCCAUGCGUCUGUUUGAUGCACCCAAGCUCAUGGACGUGGCUGCUGUCUUUGGGAGGUCAAACCGCGCUGCAACACAGCAGCUGGUGUGCCGGGUGCUGGUCUCUCAGCCUCUCUUCCGAGCCGAUCUCUCGUCUUCUCUACUACAACUGCUGCGGGUGGUUGAAGAGAUGGUGACAAGGGCGUGCGGGCGGAUGGAGGAGCACAGCAAGGCAUCAUCGCCACCUCCUUCCUCUGAGAUCACCGAGGCCCUUCACUACCUCUCAAUCUAUGAAGAGAAAAUGAAAGGCAAGCUUCCCCUCGACAACACGCAGUUUGAUACAAUCUCUGACAUAAUCGGCCCUCCUAUCACCCUGCCACCACCCCUCACUUCCUCCUCCUCUGACCCACCUGCUACCAGCAACAUCACUCCAGCCAACCACCCCCCUACAGCAGAAGACUUCCCCUCCCUCACUCCCUCCCUCUCUUCCGCCGCUGAUGCUGAGUCAGCAGCCCUUGAGCAAUCAAAGAUCUCGCUCGUGCGAGAUAUUUUCCCGGAUUUCGGGGAGGGGUUCGUGGGGGCGUGUUUGGAGGUGUGCGGGGGAGAUGCAGAGGCAGUGAUUCAGCAUGUACUGGAGGGGAGUUUACACCCGGACUUAGCUAAGUUAGACACUCAGUUGAAGGGGGGAGCAGCAGCAGCAGUGCAAGGUAUGCCUACAGUCGCUCGCACUCCUGCUUGUUCUGAGCCCACAUUUUCUGCUACAGCAGCUGGUGCUCCUGAUACUCCUUCAUCCACAAUGGCUGCUACAAACGCUUUCACUUCUGCUGCUACUGCUUUCACAUUUGCUGCUACAGCCACUGGCGUUCCUGCUGCUCCUGCAUCCACAUUUGAGGCUACAUAUGCUGGCGAUUCUGAUGCUCCUUCAACCACCAUUGCUGCUUCAGCUGCCAACAUUCCUGCUGCUCCUUCACCCACAAGUGCCACUACAGCUGCCCACAUUCCUGCUGCUUCUGCUUCCACAUGUGCCGUUACAGGUGCUGGCACUCCUGCUGCUCCUGCAUCCACUAUUGUCACUACAGCAGCAAUUUAG